AUGGAAGACUCGAAUCCCGAAUUGGAAACAUUCCGCAAGCAAUGGCAGGAAGAAGUGACUAGACGGUCAAAUGUUGCCCAGGCAUAUCCUCCAUCCCAAGCGGCUGGGCCAUCUAACGUGCCACAAAGAGCUCCGCGGACAAAACAUGUUCACGAGAAUACUAAGAAAGGAGAUGAGGAUAUCGUUGAGCCUCAAACAUUACACUUUGACGGACCAAGUGGCGCCGUUGGUGCAGGAGAAGAAGAUGAAUUCUAUCCAUACGGUAAGAAGAAUGGCAAUAGUGAGCCACAAUCAGCUUUGGAACACUAUGAAAAAGCGGUAGAGAGGGAAGGUCAAGGUAGUUUAGGAGACAGUCUUGAUCUCUACCGCAAAGCAUUUCGGCUUGAUGAUCAAGUUGAUCGAAAAUAUAAGAACAAACAUUUCCCACCAUCUGCCUUCUCACCGAAACCUACAAACACAAAUCCAUCCAAUGCAUCUGCCACAGUACCCAAUGCCGCACACCACUCACCAGAUGGGCCCCCACAAACUAUUAAACAAUUGAUAGAAAGUUUUUCGGAUUUAUCAAUUGAACCGUCGCCACCAGAAAUUGAAGGGACACCGGCUCCUCCAUGUCCAAUUGCAGAUGUACCUGAUGAAAUCCUCUUACAAAUAUUCAAAGAAGUAGCAAUUAGGGAUGUGGCUGACCUUGCACGAAUCACACAAGUAUGCAAGCGCAUGACAUAUCUUGUAUCGACGGGAGAACAAAUCUGGAAAAGGAUAUGUCUUGGCUCAGAAUUCGGAUUCGAAGCAAUGCAUUAUCAAUGGCAAACAGAAGUCACAGGAGAGCUUCUUGAAAUCGAGCCUGAAUUACUCUUGCCCUCGGAAGAUUCAGGUGAAGAGUCUAUUCCCCCAAUGCCUCUCAGUAACGAUACCAUCACCCAUUCUCUACUCCAAUCAGCUUAUUCUUCAUCCUGGAAACAAAUGUUCCGCUUACGUCCCCGCAUUCGUUUCAAUGGCUGCUAUAUAAGCACCGUGAACUAUAUUCGACCUGGGCAAGCCUCCCCUUCAGCGGUAGCUUGGAAUUCUCCAGUUCACAUUGUUACCUAUUACCGCUACCUUCGUUUCUAUCGUGAUGGCACAUUAAUCUCUCUUUUAACCACCACCGAACCUAGCGAAGUCGUUCACCAUUUGACGAAGGAACUACUUGAAUAUCACAGGAGAAACCAAUCUUCCCAUCUCCCUUCUUCUGUAAUGAGUGACGCUCGUCGUGGACGUUGGCGCCUAUCCUCUAUCAAUGAUUCUCCUUCGCCAGAUGUAGAUGCUGAACCAUCUUCUAAAGUUGGAGGGUCAGAGGGUACAUUAUUUGUGGAAACAGAAGGAGUGCAUGAAAAGUAUUUCUAUAGAAUGGAAUUGAAAAUGACCAGUGCAGGCAAAACGGUCAAAAAUAACAAGUUGGCUUGGAACGGAUUCUGGAAUUAUAACCGCCUGACGGAUGACUGGGGAGAGUUCACAUUGAGGAACGAUAAAGCUUUCUUUUGGAGUAGAGUAAAGAGUUAUGGAAUGGGCGCAUGA